GAGAUCCGGUUUCCCCAAAUGGUGACGAACUGCUGCCGCUUCCUGUGUUACUUCUGCCGCAUCAGCCGACAGAACCAGCGCUCCAUGUUCGACCAUCUGAACUACCUGCUGCAGAACAGCGGCAUCGGCCUGGGUAUGAGAGGCUCCACCCCCCUGGACGUGGCUGCUGCCUCCUGCAUCGACAACAACGAGCUGGCCUUGGCUUUGCAAGAGCAGGACCUUGAAAUGGUGGUCACCUACCUGGCCGGCUGUGGGCUGCAGAGCUGUCCGAUGCUCCUGUCGAAGGGAUACCCCGACAUCGGCUGGAACCCCUGUGGAGGAGAGAGAUAUUUGG